AUGGCAAAACCAAUACUAUUCUUUCUGUCUUUUUUUCUUCUGUCUGUUUUCUAUACAUCCUUAGCAGCACCAUCUGCAUCAGAUUCUUUAUAUACCAAUUUCCUUAACUGCCUCAAACAAAACAACACAGAUCCAUCUAUCUCCGACAUUGUUUUCCCACAAUCAAACCCUUCAUUUUCCACUGUCCUUCAAAACUACAUCCGUAAUGCACGUUUCAACACUUCCUCAACUUCCAAACCUUUAAUCAUUGUUACUCCAAAACAACCCUCACAUGUUCAAUCCACUGUUAUUUGCGCCAAAGAAACCAACGUUCAAAUCAAAAUCAGAAGCGGUGGACACGAUUAUGAGGGUAUUUCUUAUAUCUCAAAUGAAUCACCCUUUAUCGUCCUUGACAUGUUCAACCUAAGAACAAUCAAUGUUGAUAUAGAAAACGAGGUUGCUUAUGUUCAAGCCGGUGCUACACUCGGUGAACUUUAUUACGGUAUUUAUGAAAAGAGUAAGGUUCAUGGCUUUCCUGCCGGUGUUGGUCCAACUGUUGGUGUUGGUGGUCACUUCAGUGGUGGAGGGUAUGGUACCAUGUUGAGAAAAUAUGGUUUAUCUGUUGAUAAUAUCAUUGAUGCUGAAAUUGUUGAUGUUAAGGGAAGCCUUUUGAAUAGGAAAUCAAUGGGAGAAGAUCUGUUUUGGGCUAUAAGAGGUGGUGGUGGUGCUAGUUUUGGUGUUGUUUUAUCUUAUACGGUUAAACUAGUAGGGGUUCCUGAAACUGUUACUGUUUUUCGUAUUGAGAAAUCUUUGGAUCAAAAUGCCACCGAUCUCGUUGUUGAAUGGCAACAAGUUGCUCCGACUAUUGAUGAUAGGCUUUUCAUGAGGCUUCUUUUGCAGCCUAUAACUUCCAAGACUGUCAAAGACACAAAAACUGUUAGAGCUUCUGUUGUUGCUUUGUUCCUCGGAGGCGCCGAGGAAGUAGUGGAAAUUCUAGGUAAAGAAUUUCCACUUCUAGGAUUGAAAAAAGAAGAUUGUAUUGAAAUGAGUUGGAUUAACUCUGUUAUUUGGUACAAUGAUGAUGAAGAAUUCAAAAACGGUGCGAAACCGGAAAGUCUUUUGGAUAGGAAUCUAAAUUCGGCGAGUUUCGGGAAGAGAAAAUCUGAUUAUGUUCAGAAAGCUAUACCAAAAGAUGCAUUGGAAUUGAUAUGGAAAAAGAUGAUUGAGUUGGGAAAAGUUGGAUUUGUUUUCAACCCUUAUGGUGGAAAAAUGGCUGAGAUUCCGGCCGACGCAACGCCUUUUCCUCACCGUGCCGGGAACUUAUUCAAAAUUCAGUUUUCAGUGAAUUGGAAGGAACCAACACCUAAUGCUACAUUGGAGUAUUUGAAUCAAGCGAAGAGCCUGUAUAGUUUUAUGGAACCUUAUGUGUCAAAGAAUCCAAGAAGUGCUUUUUUAAAUUAUAGAGAUCUUGAUAUUGGGAUUAAUAGUUUUGGUAAGGAUAGUUAUGAAGAAGGUAAAGUUUAUGGUGCUAAGUUUUUUAAUAAUAAUUUUGAUAGGUUGGUUAAGAUUAAGAGUGCCGUUGAUCCUGAUAAUUUCUUCAGGAAUGAGCAGAGUAUUCCUGUUCUAGCAGAAAAGGCUUAG